CAACUUGCUCAAAAAAAAAAAAAAAAAAAAAGUAUUACUGGAUUUUGCAGCGAAUACCCUCCGCCUUGAUUCCAAUCUGAGUGCGGGGAGAGAGGGUUUUGACGAGACAUGAUUCAAUAAAUCUCACACCGAGGAGGGAACGCUACGGUUGUGUUUUGAAAUGGCUUCUUCAAUGAUUAGAAGUAGUUUAAAGUCUAUUAAUGAAUUUAUACCUAAAGCUCUAUCCUUGAGAAGCCGCCACCUAUGUGCUGUUGCUAAUGCUACUGAACAAAUUGAACUGGAGGAUGCUACUUUCUCUUUGUUUUUGGACAAUGAAGGGAAAGAUGUAUCUAAGGAGAAGUCCAAGAGUGACAAUAUCUUCAUCAAAGGACCAAAAUCUACGUCUGCGUCGUCAUCUGUCUCGAUGCCUACAUCUUCCAUGACAGGAUCGAUUGUGGGAAAGAGAUUUUACAAGCAGGUAACAACCAGAGAAACUGAUGAUGGCAAUGGUUGGUCUGUUAUGCUUGAUUAUAGAACAUUGAAGACGCCCUCCAAGAGGCCCCUUAAGUGUCCCACUCUUGCACUUGCUAAGGCUAUUGCUGCUGAAUGGGAGUACCAGGAAGAUGGAAUUAAACCGUUUACAAUGCCUUUCAUGAAAUUAGCCUGCACGGCAUUGGAAAGAGUCCCCCUCACUCGGCCCAAGAUCAUUGAAAAUUUGAUGAAGAAGUUUCAUCAAGAUUUGGUCUUUUGUCGUGCACCCAGAGAUGCUUUGACACUUGACCUCCAUGAUCGUCAAGCUGAAAGAAUUGAUCCUUUACUUAAAUGGGUGGAAUCAGAGUUUGGCUUUAAGCCAGUUGUGUACUCGAGCUUUUAUGGUGGGAAACAAGAGGUUGGGUUCUCUAAAGCGAUAGAAGAGCUACUUAAGAAGACAGAUGACUGUGAAUUGGCUGCAAUAGAUGCUAUUGCUGCAUCGGCACAAUCCUUAAUCAUAUCUAUUGGAAUCUUUUGUGGAAGAUUGCAGAUUGAGGACGCUAUCGAAUUGAUUAGACUUGAAGAAGAUAUGCAGGUGAAAGGAUGGGGUCUUGUUGAAGGUGGUCAUGAUAUUGAUAUUGCUGAUCUUCGUGUUCAAAUCUCAUCUGCUACUGUGUUUCUAGGCCUCUCGAGGACAUGAAUCCUCCAUUUUUCUGGUCAUGAUAUUGCUGAUCUUCAAGUUCAAAUCUCAUCAGCUGAUGUGUUUCUAGGCCUUUCGAGGACAUGAAUCCUCCAUUUUUGUGGUCAUGAUAUUGAUAUUGCUGAUCUUCAAGUUCAAAUCUCACAUGCUGCUGUGUUUCUAGGCCUUUCGAGGACAUGAACCCUCCAUUUUUCCUCCAUUUUUGUGGAGGGUUAACAACCUUUUCCUUUUGUAUAACAAUUUUAUUGUGUAUGCUCAUUUACAUUAUCAUGUAAGGUGAUCAAUAAAAAUUUGAAAUAUGUAGUAUAUUAUCAAAUUUCAAAUAAAUAAAUAAUUUAAAUUUUA